CUACUUCUUGAUUCUUACUUGCUUUGUUACACUUGUUACGUAAACUCUUACAUAAAACUCAUUUUGUAGCAACAAAAAGAAAAAGCCAUGGAAGAAGUUAUAUGGUCAUAUUCUUGACCCAAUUUUGGUGAAGAAACCUCAGCUAUGUUUCAACUACUGUUUUUGAGCUCCUGAAAACAUCCCUUUUCUAGGAGAGGAACAAGUACUACGUUGCCCUCACGGCUGCCCUGCUGCGAGAUCCUGUUGUUGUCUGAUCCAAAGAGUGAUUUUGAUAGGUGCACAAGACCCCAAUCUUCUUUGGAAAUUUCCAAAUAAGGUGACUAGCAGAGAAGCUCAAGAAGCUCUUUUCCAUGGAGACAUAUGGUGGACUUGGAGAUGAGGCUGGUGGAUCAUGGAGAUGUGCUCAUGAGCUUCAGAUUUAUGAGUGUGAGAGAGUAAAAGAAACCAGGAUGCAUGGAAUUCAAAAUUUGGUUUGCGUUGCAACUUCAUGUGCGGUGCUUGAACUGGCUUCUUUGGAUGUCAUCAAAGAAGAUUGGGAUCUUGUGUACCUAUCAAAAUCACUCUUUGGAUCAGACAACAAGAGGGUCUCGCAGCAGGGCAGACGUGAGGGCGAUGCAGUACUUGUUCCUCUUCUCGAAAAUGGGAUGUUUUCCGGAGCUCAAAAAGAGUUGUUGAAAUAUGGCCCAGUUUUCUUGACCAAAAUUGGGUCAAGAAUAUGACCAUACAUAACUUCUUCCCUGACUUUUUCUUUUUGUUGCUACAAAAUCAGUUUUAUGUAAUUGUGUAUGUAACAAGUGUAAGGAAACAAGUAAGAAUUAACAAGUAGAAAGAGAGACAGAGGUUGAGAAGCAGUGGAAGAAGAAAUUAAGUGAGUGAGAGGCCUUCAGUGUUGUGACUUAAGUAUGCACCUAUGCCUCUAAUUCUUAGAGCAGCUAUAUAUAUAAUAGAAAAAAAAUUGUAAUUCUUUGGUUGAGAAGUUAAUAAUGGACACCUAUCUACCUACGCAUGCAUCUAUGCCUGCAGUGUUUUACAUUUUUAGAUCUGUUGUUGCAAUCCUAGGAGUAGUACUGCCAUGUCAUAAACGUAGGGCAUUGCAGAGACUCGCCGUCUUAGCUCUUGUCAAUAUUUCACCUCCGAGAAUACAACGAACACUCUGAUCAAAAAGAAAGGGAGAUCAUCAACCAAUGGAAGAG